GAGUGAAUGUGAGUGAGAGAGAGAGAGGACCCCUUCAACUGAAACAUAUUAAACUCUGGAGACGUACUAUCCCUCAGACUGACAGGCUUCUGGCUGCUUCUGGUUGCCACACCCACACAUGAGCUGCAGCAACUCUAUAAAGUCAGACUAUUCUGCAACUUACUUAAGGGAAGAGACUCUACUCCCAUCUUCACCAGGUCGUUCAGGAGUCCGAGUGGUGUGUAUAGGAGAGGAAAGGCCCAGACCAGAGCUCUAACAUACUACAGAAGUCACAGCCCUACAGUAACAUACAGGACCAUCUCCUGAGAGGAGGCCCAGAGGAUGUCUCGUUGGGGCCGUAAAGACGUGAAGAAGACUCCUGAGGUGAUCAGGACGGUGACAGAGGGGUUAAAGUCUCUGUACCAUCAGAAGCUCCUCCCCCUGGAGCAGCACUACGGUUUCCAUGACUUCCACUCCCCCUCUCUGGAGGACGCAGACUUUGACAACAAACCCAUGGUGCUGGUGGUGGGGCAGUACUCCACUGGCAAGACUAGCUUCAUCAAGUAUGUGUUGGAGCAGGAUAUCCCAGGAAGCAGGAUAGGACCAGAGCCCACCACUGACUGUUUCACAGCCAUCAUGCACGGCGAGGUGGAGGGAGUUAUCCCAGGCAACGCUCUCAUCGUCGACCCCAACAAACCCUUCCGCAAUCUCAACCCCUUUGGAAACACCUUCCUGAACAGGUUACAGUGUGCCCAGCUGCCAAAUCAGGUCCUGGAGAGCAUCAGCAUUAUCGACACGCCGGGGAUCCUGUCAGGAGCAAAACAGAGGGUGAGCCGAGGUGAGAAGAGCAAGGCUCAGGAGUGGACGGGACAAGGCUAUGACUUCCCAGCGGUGCUGCGAUGGUUUGCAGAGCGCGUUGACCGUAUCAUCCUCCUGUUCGACGCCCACAAGUUGGAGAUCAGUGAUGAGUUCUCCGAGGCCAUCGGAGCGCUGCGUGGUAAUGAGGAGAAACUGCGCGUUGUCCUGAACAAGGCUGACAUGGUGGGAACACAACAGUUGAUGAGAAUCUACGGAGCUCUAAUGUGGUCUCUGGGCAAGGUGUUCAACACCCCAGAGGUCGUGAGGGUGUAUAUCGGGUCAUUCUGGUCUGAACCACUGCUGGUCCCUGAUAACCGUCGUCUGUUUGAGCUGGAGGAGGAGGAUCUGUUUAGUGACAUCCAGAACCUUCCCCAUAAUGCAGCCCUCAGGAAACUCAACGACCUGGUGAAGAGGGCACGACUGGUCAGGGUGCAUGCCCACAUCAUAAGUUACCUGAAGAAGGAGAUGCCAACCUUCAGGAAGGACAACAGGAAGAAGAACCUGAUCUACCAACUUCCUGUCAUAUUCUCCAAGAUCCAGCUGCAACACCACAUCUCUGCUGGGGACUUCCCUGACUGCGCCAAGAUGCAGGAGCAGCUGUUGACCCAUGACUUCAGUAAGUUCAAGCCCCUGAAACCGUCCCUGAUGGCUGCUCUGGACGAGCUGCUGGCAUCCGACAUCGCCAAGCUGAUGCCCCUGCUGCGCCAGGAGGAGGUCAACCUGGGGGAGCAGCCAGGGGUACAGGGGGGGGCCUUCCUGGGAACCCGCGCCGGGCCCUUCGUUGUGAACGACCCAUUCGGAGACGUGGAGAAGGAGGGCGAGGAUGGGGGCGAGAUGGCCUGGGUGGUGACCAAGGACAAGCCCAAAUAUGACGAGAUCUUCUACAACCUGGUGCCCAACGAGGGCAAGCUGAGUGGCACCAAGGCCAGGGACUGGAUGGUGAGCACCCGGCUGCCAAACUCCGUCCUGGGGAGGAUCUGGAAGCUGUCGGAUGUGGACCGAGAUGGCAUGCUGGAUGAUGAGGAGUUUGCCCUGGCCAGCCACCUGAUUGAGGUGAAGUUAGAGGGGCAUGGUCUGCCACCCGAGCUGCCAGCACGCCUGGUGCCCCCCUCCAAGCGCAGGCAGAAAGGAUCUGAUAUAUAGAGAGACUACAUUAACCUACCCUUUGGAGCUGAGAGUAUAACACUCUGACAGCUGACACACACACUACUGCCCCCCCUAUGUUGUCCCCUACAUUGUCCCCUACCUUGUCCCCUAGUCCCCUACUUUGUCACCUGCGUUGUCCCCUACAUUGUCCCCUAGUCCCCUACAUUGUCCCCCUACUUUGUCCCCUGUGUUGUCCCCUACAUUGUCCCCUAGUCCCCUACGUUGUCCCCUACAUUGUCACCUAGUCCCCUACGUUGUCCCCUACGUUGUCCCCUGCGUUGUCCCAGUCCCCUAGAAUAUCCCCAGUCCCCUACGUUGUCUCCUACAUUGUCUUCUAGUCCCCUACAUUGUCCCCUACGUCAUCCCCCAGUCCUCUACAUUGUCCCCUACAUUGUCUUCUAGUCCCCUACAUUGUCCCCUACGUCAUCCCCAGUCCUCUACAUUGUCCCCUACCUUGUCCCCUAGUCCCCUACAUUGUCCCCUAGUCCCCUACAUUGUCCCCCUACUUUGUCCCCUGCGUUGUCCCCCUACAUUGUCACCUAGUCCCCUACGUUGUCCCCUGCGUUGUCCCAGUCCCCUACAAUGUCCCCAGUCCCCUACGUUGUCUCCUACAUUGUCUUCUAGUCCCCUACAUUGUCCCCUACGUCAUCCCCCAGUCCUCUACAUUGUCCCCUACGUUGUCCCCUACAUUGUCCUCAGUCCCCUACGUUGUCCCAAGUCCCCUACAUUGUCCCCUACAUUGUCUUCUAGUCCCCUACAUUGUCCCCUACGUCAUCCCCCAGUCCUCUACAUUGUCCCCUACGUUGUCCCCUACGUUGUCCCAUACAUUGUCCCCUACAUUGUCUUCUAGUCCCCUACAUUGUACCCUACAUUGUCCCCAGUCCUCUACAUUGUCCCCUAGUCCCCCACAUUUUCCCCUUGUGCCCUACAUUGUCUCCUUGUCUCAUUAUCUUUCCUUACUUCGUGUCUGUAAGCCCCUGGCUGCAUCUCAAUAGUCUUCGGUAGCUUUUUCUUCUCCUCUCCUGUAAAGUCACAUUUUCUUGUGUUUUAUUCCUAAAGGAUAACAGAGGUCCGAUGCCUUUUCAUGUUUUGUAUUAAUGAACAGGACAAAAGGACAGAAGGAGAGUAGAGAGGGAGAUCGUAAGUAGACAGAGUAGUGGAGAUGGGACUUGAACCACCGCGUCCAAUGUGUCUCCACUCUAAUUCCUUUCCCAUAGUGCAGAUGAAGGAAAGGAAAAGAAAGGAGGAGGAGAAGAUACUUCAUAUUAUUGAGAUGCACCACAACUUUUUCCAAUUGGAUCUAAAUGUGUUUUGCUGAGUGAUGUCAAAUACAAGCUAGUGGCCUGCUCUACUCUGCUCUACUCUACUCUACUAAUUACACACUGAUCUGAUUAUACAUGGCUCUGAAAGCUGCCUUACUAUAUUUGACUUGCUUUUACAUGGAGCUAUUUUGCAGGGGUUUAACAAAUCAAGACAGACAUACAUGUUGAAUAUGUUCAAGUACACUAAUCUAUGUUCAUGUAUUUGACAGCUGUUGCCAUUAGGUACAGUAUAAAGCUUGUUUAGUCAUCUCUCUGUCUGUCUGCAGGGGACUGGUCCAACCAAUAACAUUGCAGUACUUGUAUAGUUUUCCUCACACACUAUGUCACUGUCUUCUAUUCAGCUUUUGGGGGAUUGUUUAGUGAGUAGUGCUGUUGAUUUUCUAUUAACUAGACAAAUAACGGCAUUUGUUUCAAAUUAAUGUCAUAUGCUGUGAGAACAAUGUUGUUAUGUAAAACAGUGACUGCUGUGCACAGCUAACUCAACAGCUACAUGUUAUUAUUAUCAUUACCUAAUAAACUGUAUGGACUGUG